GGCCGUGCGCUGAGGGAGCGAGCGAAGGGAGCCCGGGCGCGGCUUCGGCCGCGUUCCUCGUGCUCCGACGGAGCCAAUGGCUCCUGGCCUGGACGUGCCGCCCUGAAGCCACUGGAGUCGCCGAAGCCGCAACUUCGCGGUUGGCAGGUCCGGCUCGACGUUUCCCGUUUUCCAACGAUGGCAGCCAGGGAAGGCGCCAUUGGAGAAGUUGGUGACCCACAGGCUUGAACUGAGGGAGAGAAGGGUCCGGAUCCUCUUUUCGGCAGUUACAACGUGGUCGCUCGGCAGGGGCAGCCCAUGACUCGCCGGUGGUCUUUGAGCUGACAAACUCACAGCCGCUGAGGGAGCAGGAGCUGUUGCGCAGCCAUUGGUACCUGUAUUGGGGAAACAUAGCAUACAAGCAAGAAGCUUACAGCCUCAGUGGCGAAAAAUUUUUCAUGUCAGAGACCGAGAACUCUUGCAGUCGUUUAUGUCAUCCCUUCUUCUCCAGACAGAAGAUACCAAAAAGUUGCAAUCAAAGAUCUGUUCAUCUUAUUGAUAAAGUCACUAAUAAGCCAAAAUGUCUGUCAACGUCAACCGCAGCGUGUCAGACCAGUUCUAUCGCUACAAGAUGCCCCGUUUGAUUGCUAAGGUUGAGGGCAAAGGAAAUGGAAUCAAGACAGUUAUAGUCAACAUGGUUGACGUUGCAAAGGCGCUUAAUCGGCCUCCAACGUAUCCCACCAAAUAUUUUGGUUGUGAGCUGGGAGCACAGACCCAGUUUGAUGUUAAGAAUGACCGUUACAUUGUCAAUGGAUCUCAUGAGGCGAAUAAGCUGCAAGACAUGUUGGAUGGAUUCAUUAAAAAAUUUGUUCUCUGUCCUGAGUGUGAGAAUCCUGAAACAGAUCUGCAUGUCAAUCCAAAGAAGCAAACAAUAGGUAAUUCUUGUAAAGCCUGUGGGUACCGAGGCAUGCUUGACACACAUCAUAAACUCUGUACAUUCAUUCUCAAAAACCCACCUGAGAAUAGUGACAUUGGUACAGGAAAGAAAGAGAAAGAAAAGAAAAAUAGAAAGGGCAAGGACAAGGAAAAUGGCUCUGUAUCCACCAGUGAGACACCACCACCUCCACCACCAAAUGAAAUUAGUCCUCCACAUGCUGUGGAAGAAGAGGAAGAUGAUGAUUGGGGGGAGGAUACAACUGAGGAAGCUCAAAGGCGCAGAAUGGAUGAAAUCAGUGACCAUGCAAAAGGUCUGACACUUAGCGAUGAUUUGGAAAGAACUGUAGAAGAGCGUGUUAACAUCCUGUUUGAUUUUGUUAAGAAAAAGAAAGAAGAGGGCAUUAUUGAUUCAUCUGAUAAAGACAUUGUGGCUGAGGCAGAAAGACUGGAUGUAAAAGCCAUGGGCCCUCUCGUUUUGACAGAAGUUCUCUUUGAUGAGAAGAUAAGAGAGCAAAUCAAGAAAUACAGGCGCCAUUUUUUAAGAUUUUGUCAUAACAACAAAAAGGCCCAGCGGUACCUUCUUCAUGGUUUGGAAUGUGUGGUAGCAAUGCAUCAAGCUCAGUUGAUCUCCAAGAUUCCACAUAUCUUGAAGGAGAUGUAUGAUGCAGACCUUUUAGAGGAAGAGGUCAUUAUCAGCUGGUCAGAAAAGGCCUCUAAGAAAUAUGUCUCAAAAGAACUUGCCAAAGAGAUUCGUGUCAAAGCAGAGCCAUUUAUUAAAUGGUUGAAGGAAGCGGAGGAGGAAUCUUCUGGUGGUGAGGAAGAAGACGAAGAUGAAAAUAUUGAGGUGGUAUAUUCGAAGACUGCCAGUGUACCAAAAGUUGAAACUGUGAAGUCUGACAACAAGGAUGACGACAUUGAUAUUGAUGCCAUUUAAAAGGAUGGAUGCAACUUAGCUUAACAGUGUAAUGCUGCAAAUUUUUCUCCAUUAUCAGCCAGAAGUGCAACAUGUAUGUGCAAGAGCUAAAGUGGUUUAACAUCAUGCUACACUUGAUACUAAAAAGCUAUUACUGUGAGUGGUCUAUAAUUAAGCCCAAUGAGACAUCUAGGGAGUCCAUACAUAUCAGUGAGCAGUUGUAGUUUGCUUAUUUAUAGCAUGUUUCUUUCGGAAAAACUAGUGGUGGACACAUUUGGAUCACAUUUAUACAGUUAUAAAAAAUAAAGAUUUGAUUUUGGUCAUUCUUCAGACUUUGGGCUAUGAAUGGCUUAUGCUGAAGUAAUUGGCUACUUUUAGGAUGUUACACCAUUUAAUAACUUAGACUUCUUAAGUUUGGUAGAUUGUUAGGUACUGAAGACUUGAAGAAUGCAAACAAUUAUAAUGACCUUACUCAGCCAUUAAGAAAUGAAGUAUUUUGAAAGUUGUGUCUCCAGUCCAUUGAGAUUGGCAACUGACAAUUCUUGUCAUUCUAAGGAAAUUUGAUGAUUUAAUGACAGUGUGACAUCCUCAUGAGAAGUAAAAAUGACCUGUGUGUCCUAUGGUUUAAGAGCAAAUUUUGAAACUUGGAGUUGUGGUUUUUCAGUUUGUGUACACUCACCCCAAAUUGUAGUCUAUUGAGUCAUGUGCAUUGCACGUUGGAUAAGCCAGGGAAAUGACAAAUAAGUAUUUUGUGUGUAUUUAGUGGUUGCUUUGUACUGAGAGAAAAGCUUUGAGGUGUGAUUAAAUCGUAAACUCUGAUUCUAUUUGGGAGAAACAGGAAAAAGGUGCACUUAAUCUAAAACAGCAUAAGUUUUCAACUUUUACCCUUAAAUUAUAAUUUCAAGAUGUUUAGACAUACUGUAUCUUGUGUUUGAUGUGUUCCCCCUCCCUAAUAUUAUGGUUUAUUCUUUAAUGCCUUUUAAUUUGGAUAUAAUAGCUUGUACUUUAGAUUUUGGUUGCUAUCUUGCCAAAAUAAGUGUUACUGUUUUUCAAGCUUGAUCCCCUUCCCUGAUUGUCUUAUUUAAAGAGAAAGUUAAACUCAUACUUCUGAGUCAGAGCCUGUAUUUUGGUUAAGACUUGGGAUAUUUUUUACUUCACAUUGAAUAUAGCUGGAUACCUGAGAAGUCUGGUGAUGGCCACUGGGUGGGUGCAGCUAGCUAAGGCCUGACCAGCCCAUUCAGAGCCUUGGACUUCAGACACAAAAGUGAGUUUCUUACCCACUUGCUGGUGUAAACUCUAUCUGGGGUCCUGACUAUAUUUGAAUACUUGUCUUCAAUAUUAAAAAACAUAGCACAUUUUUCUUUCUACAAAAGUACAUUCUGGAGUUAAGAACCCAUGUGGUUGAUUUGUGUGUGGCGUGCUAGCUCAUACAUUAUUUGGAUCUUAUUCUUUGUGUCAUCCAUCUCACAGAUUAUAAGACUUUGAUUAAUGUAAAAAGUAUGCGUUAAAAUCAUACCAAACAUUUGGUAAAAUUAAAACCUUGAUAGGAGGCUGGGCGUGGAACAGGAGCCAUAUACCUGGAAUGGUAACAGGGGAAUGUGCUGUGUCACACCAAAGAAGUGGGACUUGGAAAGUCACUUGUCUCCUGGGUUUCAGACUCUUUGUUGCAUGGGCAGCCCAUCCAUAUGUCAUUACUUUUUGAGAUUCUCAAGUAGAUCAGCACAUUUCGGCCUCAGGUUGGCAAGAUUUUGUCUUAGAGCUGUUGCUUUAAAGGGAAAUGGUCAGGUCUUAGACACUUAGGAAGGUCUUGGGCUUCUGUUCAUUCUGGUGCCAAACCAGUGGGAUUCAAAUUUCACACAAUCUGGGUUUUUAUUCAUGGAGGUUAACCUGGUAAGAGUAAUCCUUCAUGGCUCUAUUGAGGUGUCUUAAAAAGUUUCCUGUUUCAAACAGCUACAUUACUUGAUUAAAACAAUGUUAUAAAAUUAAAUUUCUGUCUGCUUUAAUAUUAAAAA